GCGGGGCAUCCCGGUAAACUGAAGCGGGCAAUAGUCAUUUCACAACAAACUUUUUAAACCGUGUUUUGCAUCACUGCAGAAUGCACGACAGAAUCACAGUGUGUCUCGUCAUGAGGCACUAGAGGCCUGGGUCCAAAUGUAAUGGCCACAUUUAGGACCAGAUGGCUUCUGUCCAUCUUGCUGGUCAACCUGUCGAAUUAUUUUUCUCUAGCAGGUCCUCCUGUUCCUCCCUCUCGCCCUAAGUGCUAUAUCCCAUUUGAUGAGAAAACCGAUUCGGUAGAUAUCAACUGUUCUUGGGAGACGAGGCCAGACCCUCAGAUCCCAACUAACUACAGUCUGCACUGGGAGCCAGCAAAUACAGAGGAGGGACAUGGGAUCAGUGGGACCAGUAUGAAUGGUUUAAUCCAUCGUGAACUCUUUUCCAACCAUGGAGAGCUUCGUGUUUGGGUCCAGGCGAAGAACCAGCACGGCUCUGCCAAAUCUGAGGAAGCUGUGUUCAAUCCAGCAGAUAUCAUGAAGCCGCCCCCUCCUAAAAUCCACUUGAGCCAUCAGGAUACAUUAGAGAUUGAGUGGAGUCACCCCUGUGAUCAGCUGCACCUUUCUGUGGGACCCUGCAGAGUCCAGUAUCGGACUGAGGCAGAUCAAGUCUGGUUUGAGGAGGAGGUCGGAAUCUGGAGCAGCUAUACAUUUGAUAGUCCGCAGCCCUGCACCGUUUAUGAAUUUCAAGUUAGUUGUGCCUGUGGCACAGGCUUGACAAGUGACUGGAGUGCAAUCCUCAGAAUACGAAGCACAGACACGGCCCCUGUGGGGCUGGAUAUAUGGCAGGACUGUGGGACAUUCCCUGCAAGCUUCGACUGUGUUCUGAUCUGGAAGAAUCUUUCUGUAUCUCAGGCUUGCUAUUUCAUUCUGGGAUAUGAAGUCAUUCUGUCUUACAAAAACGGCACUGCCAUGUUGGUGAAUGUGUCCGCAACUGAGCCAAGGGGCCAGUUGGUGUGUGAUGAAAUGCAAUGCCAGUUUACUUCCUCUCUAAAGGAUGUAUCAUCAGUCAGUCUAUCAGCCUACAACGCCCAUGGUACCACAGUGCCUUCUUACCUCGCUACUCCAAUACAAGAUAUAGAGAAAAAUGAGCAAGAUCUUCACCUCAAGAUGGAUGAAGAGUACCUCACUGUGUCCUGGGAUCUGCCCUCUCAGCUCUCUGACAACCUGAAGGAAUAUGUGGUACAAUACAAACAAGCAGGGUAUCCUCCGGGCCAAGGAUUUGAUUGGAUUAAAGUGAACAAAAGCCAAACAACAGGGAUAUUUAAAGGUCACUUUAAAAAGUACAUACCCUACCAAGUGUCACUGUUCACAGUGUCUAACAGCAGUAAAUGCCGUCACCUUUCAUCUGCUAUUGGAUAUUCUCUUCAAGGAACCCCAUCCGGAGUGCCGUCUUUUAAAGUGUAUUCCAUUGCUGCCACUAGUGUGACCCUACAGUGGGAGCCUGUUCCCCUCUUAAAGCAGAAUGGGGUGAUCCUGUACUACCAAAUAGGAGUAGACAGACAAAAUGUGUACAAUGUGAGUGCAUCCCCUCAGCAUGAAAAUAGGACGUUUGAGCUUCCGCGACUCAGUCCGGGACAAGAGUAUGAGGUGUGGAUAAGAGCUGUAACUGUCGCCGGGCCUGGAGCAAAUGCCACCACAAGCUUCAAAACCAAGCACCGUGAAGAUUUUGACAACUUAAUACUAACCCUGCUUGGAAUAAUUAUUCUGGUUUUAAUAUGCUGUUUUUUAUACAGUGUUUGUCGAGGAGAAAACAAAGUGUGUCCACUGGUGCAUCCGUGUUUCAAUGAGAAAGUGCCAGAUCCUCGCAAUAGCCAUAUUUUCAGACAGAUGAAGCACCAGAUUAAUGACCCCUUGGCUUGGAUCUGCAUUCCUGUCUAUGAGCCACAUCCCAAGAUCUCUCUGUUAGAGAUUGUGGAAAUCCAGCCCAGGGCUUUCAAGUCCUCCCUGGAGAAAACCUCAGACCCUGAGGGAUUAACUAGGCUAGUGGUCGGCGAUGGGUGCACACAGUUUGACUGCCAAGAUGAUCAGGGGGAGGAUGCUGUCAUAGCAGAGUGUCAUAGGACAGACCACAGAUUUGGGAGAGAGGAGUACAGCAAAAUGAUUGACUCUGAUGAGGAGAGGGACAAGCAGCAGCAGGAGGAGGAGGAGGACACGGGAGAUUGUUGGAGCUCAUCAGAGGAAGAACCAUUUCCUUCAGGUUACGAAAAGCACUUCAUGCCCACAGCUUUGGAAGUACUGGAAGUUUGAUGAAGUCUCCACGUUGCCUCAUGGACAUUAAUCUCAGUUGUGUGUUGUGCAGGGGGGGAAAAGUUGAAAUGUGAUUUUAGAUAUUGAUCCUCUGGACAGGCUUCUCUCUGCAGAAGCCUGGAGACCAGACUCAAAUGAUUGGAUUUGUCUCCAAUUGCAAAUGACAGUCAGCCCUCUCUCUACCCUGGCUUCCACUAAUGCAUUUGUCAUGUAAAACAUGGAUGUAGUGUUUGUGAUGUCACCCAUAGAUUUCAGAAAAGGUGAAAGCCUCAUUGUGGGUGCCUCCUGUCAGCCACGGCUGCUGCCAUGCCAGAGGUGGAACUAAGGUGGGCUGAAUAAAGCCUGGUUGCUGAAUUACCUAGCUGCUAGCCACCUGAGAGGGCAUGUCCUUAACUAUGCAUAACUUUAAGCCUUAAUAUUAUUGACCAAUUAUACCAUAGACCAAAAAAUGUGUUGUACCAGGUUGUAAACAUGUUCAUUUCUGCUGUAAAGUUGGGCAUUUUAACAUGGGGGAUUGUGGAGAUUGACUCCCUUUUGGAGCUAGCCAGCUCCAAAAAGUGGCCUUUUGAUGAAUUGAGUUUUUUUGGACCUAAUCCCAAUCCUGCUGAAGUUAUUAAAUCCCAGAAGAGCUUGUGAAUGUGUACAUCUGUAAAUCAGAAAUGCCUCUAUAACCUAUAGAUGGAUUUAAAAACUAUAAAGCUACAAGAACUGUUUUGAACCCACUGGAUUUAUAUGUUAACAAAUAAGGUGCUUUAUUUUACAUUGUUGCACCUUAAAAUUAAAUGCAUAAGAAAUUAAAUGUACACUUGACAUGUCAUAUAUGAUGCAAACAAAGUAUUCCAAUAAGG